UUGUUAAAAAACAAAAAAGGUGAGACAAUUAUUGUUGUCAUGCCUUUCUGACCAGGAAAUGAUGUUCCAGUCCAGAUGGGGAGUCCCGGGUCAUAAACACAGCGUUUUAUAAAUCGCAGAGAGAGGCGGGUAGCAGGGCAGAAGAGCUGGGUCUGAGACGCACAGAGAAACAGAGACACAGUAAACUUUCCGAAUCGCUGCUUGUGAAGAGAUCCCCCAGCAUGGAGCCCACAUCAACCCACACAGCUUUCCUGCUCCUAGCAGCCCUGGUGGGCACCUGCUUCCCUGGAGUCCAGGCCAAGUGCUACUUCCAGUCUCGAGCGCUGUGUGAGCACAACGGUCUGCAGUACGAGAUCAGCGAGUCAUGGAUGGACAGCGACUGCCUGCUCUGUACCUGCCUGCAUCCCGUGGGAGUUGGCUGUUGUGAGAUCACUCAGCACCCCAUCGACUUCCCUGACUGGUGCGAGGCGCUGUACGACCCACAGAGCUGCCAGAUCACCGUGGUUCAGAAGGCGAACCCGCGACUGCCCUGCGUGAGCAGCGCAGAGUUCGGAGGCAGCAGCAGUACCACCACCGCCACUGCCCAGGAGGGGCCCUUUCACUUCAGGGGCCGCAAGAGGGGCUAGCAAGAUGGGCUUGUCAUCCCUCCCUCCCUUUUCUUCCCUACCCCACUCAAACUAAAUGCAAACUGCAGCGCACACACCACAGCACUAGAAGACCGCACCACAGAUAGACUUUGCCUUACACAUUUGGGUGGAAAUCAGGGACACCAGCACUAGGGAUGUUAAGACUCUGCUUAAUUUCCUAAAUGUCUACACUUUAGGAUUGAGUAUGU